CUUGCAUCUGCUUCGUCUAACUCGUAUGGGGUCACCACAGAACUGGGUGUUUUCUUCCGCUAUAGCUCAAAGCUUCUCUCUCUAGAAAUUUUGCUAGCAGUCCAGCAACUUCUUUAGCCCGCUUCGGCUUGGCUCAAGGAAUGGAACCGUCAAUGAUACUUGGCUUUUUUGAGCUCAUAAAAAGUUACACUGGUCUUGGCCAGAAGAUGCAAACACUUCUUUGCGAACUGGACAAGUUAACUGGUAAGGAAGAUGAGGUAGUUUCACAAGUUAAAAACGAAGAAUGUAAGCUCGGAAGGAAGCGGAAGAGAGACGUUGAUGACUGGCUACGAGACGUGAAAAGAACAAAAGCCAGAGUGUCAUGCUUAGAGCAAGAAGUCGCGGAUAGAAGAUGGUAUUCCUACGUGAACUUAGUAAAUCACGUGAACGAGUUGAUCAAACAGGUGGAUGAACUUCAAAAGCAAGGUGAAUUCACUUGUGGACUCACACUGAUUGCAGAGGACAACAUUGGAUAUGAGCUUCCAACAGUGGAAUUAUCAGGGGAUGCUUUUCGGAAGAAUCUGAACAAGGUAUUAUCUCGCCUCAGAGAUGACAAAGUGUUGAAGAUCGGCAUUUGUGGAAUGGGUGGCGUUGGGAAAACAGCCCUAGUCACCCACAUCCACAAUCAUUUACUAAAGGAAAGCACCAAGGGGAAGGUCCUUUGGGUUACAGUGUCCCAAGAGUGCAGUGUUCAUAUGUUGCAGGAUAAGAUAGCCAAGAGUCUAGACCAUACCCUGUCGAAUGUCGAUGACCAAAUUCAACGGGCAGCGGAACUGUCACACUUUCUGAAGAGAGAGAGACAUGUCCUUAUUCUGGAUGACGUAUGGUGCUCGUACAGUCUAGAAGAGGUGGGAAUUCAGCUUGGCUUCAAUGAAUGCAAGUUAAUUCUGACAAGUCGAUCCUUACACGUGUGUAAGCAAAUGGCGUGCAAUGAAGUGAUCAAAUUGGAGCCUCUUCCUGAGGAUGAAGCCUGGAACUUGUUCAUGAUGAAUCUCGGACAUGCGAUUGUCUUCUCUCCAGGAGUGGAAAGUGUCGCACAAUCUGUCGCAGAGGAAUGCGGAGGAUUGCCUUUGGGGAUCCUGGUGGUUUCAGGAAGCAUGAGAGGACUGGCAGACAUCCAGGAGUGGAGAAAUGCGCUAAAUGAGUUAAGAGAAGCGAGAUUUAAUGAAGACUGUAUGGAGGAGAAGGUAUUUAGAGUUUUAAAGUUCAGCUAUACACGUCUGAAUGAUCUGAUGCUGCAGAGGUGUUUCUUGCAUUUUGCACUAUACCCUGAGGAUCACCGAAUAUCGACAGAGAACUUGAUACGAGAUUUUUUCAUGGUCGGAUUGCUAAGCGACUCUAAAAGUUGGGAAGCAGAAUACGACAGGGCUUACACCAUCAUUAAUAGGUUAGUCAAUGCGUGCCUGCUAGAAAGAAGUAAAAUAUCAAAUGCUUAUUAUGAACGUGACUAUUUGAAGAUUCAUGAUUUAGUCAGGGACAUGACUAUAAGUAUGGUGCGCUCCCAAUCAAUGAUAAAAUCUGGGUUGGGUUUGCGAGAACUGCCAAGUGAGGAAGAAUGGACAGAGGACUUAGAGAGAGUCUCUUUAAUGUAUAAUUUCAUAAAGGAGAUACCGGCAGGGGUAUCACCAAGUUGUCCUCGGCUGUUGGCCCUCCUCAUGAAUAAUAAUUACUUCUUGAAAGAGAUCCAUGGUUCGUUCUUAAGCCGCAUGCCAGCUCUACAGGUUCUGAACCUGUCUUAUACGGGGAUUGAGAUGUUGCCUGAGUCUAUCUCUGACUUGCAUAACCUCAGCGCACUAUUGGUGCAUAAAUGCGAGAAACUAAGGUACGUGCCUUCGAUGGUGAAACUGAGGGCGUUAAGAACAUUGGACCUAUCUUGGAGUGGUAUUAGGAAAACUCCUGCGGGACUUGAGGGACUGGUGAAUCUCAGAACCCUGGAUGCUGGCUAUUCAAAACUAAAAGAAAUGCCCGAAGGAAUUCUGCCCAAACUCUCUCAUCUGAAACAGCUUGAUCUUAAGAGUGCAGACAAGAGCUUGAAAGUGAAGAAUGCGAGGGAAUUAAUCAGUCUGAAAAGGUUGGAGAAAGUGAGGUGCAGGUUUAAGGAUAUCAGAGAAUAUAAUGCAUAUGUGGAAUAUCUAAAACUACAGGAUGGGGAUGGCGGUCCCAAGCAGUGGGAACUAAUAUUGCCAAUAAUAUACAAAGAGGAGAAUGCCUCCAGGGUCUUUGGUCCUCCGAUCUGCAGUAAAACUGUGAGGCUGGGGGCAUGUCGUGUCAAGGAAGGAGGAGGUGAAGAGCUUCCUCUGUUCCCGAAAGGCAUCGAGUGUUUGAGCAUCAAAGAUCCUCUGGAUGGCAUGGGAAGCUUGAUGGACAUUCCAAGCAUCAUAAACUGUAACUUGAGGGUAUGCGGGCUAAAGAGAAUUCCUGGGAUGGAGCAUCUGGUGCUACUGUCCUUGAAUACUCCUGCAGAUUAUUAUGCUCCUCUGCAAAGCCUUGAGUAUCUCAAAUUGGAUGCGUUAGACGAUCUGCAUGCUUUAGUCGAGGCAGUUGCUUUUGCUGCCAGGCCUUUGCCGGGGUGGAUCUCCGAAGGCAAAGGCUUUUGGGGUCUUAAAACAGUCUACAUCUACAAGUGCUGCAAAAUGAAGAACCUCCUGAUGGACACGCUCCUGUCCCUCCUUGCAAACCUAGAAAAUCUUCACAUUCAAGAAUGUGAAGUGAUGGAGGAGGUCAUAGCAGUGACCGAAGCAGAUGAUCUUACUUCCACUCUAAGCCUCCCCAAGUUAAGGACCUUAUGUUUAAGGGAUCUUCAGGCACUGAAAAGCAUUUGUGGGAGGACGAUAAUGUGUAAUUCUCUCCAAUAUGUAACACUACAACAAUGCAAGAAGAUAGAAAGGAUAGCACUUCGUGUGAGCCUCCCUCAUGACGGUGAACUACCUGGUGGCAAGGAUAAUUCUCUUCGGGCAAUUCAUGUUGGGAAAGAUGAGAAGGAAUGGUGGGAGUCAGUGAAGUGGGACAGUCCCCUGGACAAGUCCCUCCUUCGGCCUUAUGUCCGAUACAGAUGACGUUGUGAAUUGGAAGCGUGCUACCGCAGUAACUUGGCUCGGGAGGAUAUGGUGCUGUGUGUCAUGCGUUCUCCGUUGCUGCAAGCUAUCAAUUCCUCUGCUUGCUGUUCUCGACCCGGAGAGGGUGGUGCUCAGAAGUGAAUUUAUAUAUCUGGACACAUGAUUUUUUCCCUGUAGGUUCUUCAGUUUU